GCACAAGCAUCUUACUGGAUACCUAUUCAUGUACUCGGAGAAACCGUAGCUACUGGAGCCAUCAAAAUCAAAGACCAAGGCUAUGUAUAUAAAGCUAUGCAAAUCGAGGAGAACAUUCCCUGAUCAUUCUCUAUUUCUCUAUACCUUAUCAAGUUAAUAGAAUAUUCGCUUCAAGUGGAAUGGCUCAAGACGAGAAAUCCACGAUUUUAGAGAAUGUUUGGGCUAAUUAUAUAGCCAAGAGUGAGUUAGAAAAUGCACACCAAAAUCCAGUUGAAUCUUCCCAAACAUGGCAUGAUUUGCCUGGACUAAAUUCCAGAGACGGAUCACUACUAGAAAGGCUUCCAAGUUUAGGCAGGUUUAUAUCCAUGGGAGCCGAAGCAUGGGAGCAACUUCUAGAUGGAGCUAAUCUUCCAAACAAUACAGAGUCAUCAAGGACUGUUCAUUCACAAGAAACAUGCAGUAGCAAGAAGAUGGAUUCGGGAGCUGAUGAAAUAAAGGUCAAGAAGGUUGUUACAAGACAUUAUCGCGGGGUGAGAAGGCGGCCAUGGGGCAAAUAUGCAGCUGAAAUAAGAGAUUCAUCAAGAAAAGGAGCUAGACUAUGGCUUGGGACUUUUGGAACAGCAGAAGAAGCAGCUAUGGCUUAUGACAAGGCUGCACUGAAAAUCAGAGGUCCCAAGGCAUAUCUUAACUUCCCACUUGAAACAGUUGCGGAAGCCAUGGGAACGUGUAAGUCUAUUCCACAAGAUUACAUGGAUUCAUCAGCAACUUCUUGUCAGACUAAUGAUACUACUACAAGUGCUUCAGUUACUUGUGGUGAAAUCAUGUCUAAUUCUAGAAAAAGGGUCUUAAGAGAAUGGGACAAAACUGAGGACUCUUUCAUCAACAAUGCUCAAUCUGCAAAGAUUUCAGCGGAAUAUUGGGAAGAAGCUCCUAUGAGUGACAUCAACUUAUUACAGUUUCCAAAUCUUGAAAGCGAAUAUUUAGAAAAUUUGUUCUCCUUACCGUAACUGGUUAAGUAGCACUGGCAAUACAAAUGCAGUGUGAAGAUUUCAUGUUGUUACAACAAUAUGUACCUUAUUUGUACAUCACCGUAAUUUCUACGCGCCAGAGUGUGGAAAAGCUGUGUACUUACUUAUAGACUAUCAUAUUGAAUCAUUUGAAUCAUCCUUAAUCAAAAAGCAGCAGAGUUCAUGGUA